UUUUUGUGAGAUCAGCGAGUAUACAGCAGUCUAGCCGCUGCCGUUGGCCAUGAGUGAUCGGUUGUUGAGGGUUGGGCAACGGAUCGAGGUAUCCGGCAAGGAUGUCCGCGGAUCGAUUGCCUACAUCGGGAUGACCUCGUUUGCGGUUGGCAAAUGGGUUGGUGUCAUUCUGGACGAACCGAAGGGCAAAAACAACGGGUCGAUCAAAGGACAAACGUACUUUUCGUGUGAUGAAAACUAUGGAAUGUUCGUUCGUCCCACCCAGCUGGUGUUCCUGGACGAUGCGGGAAAUCCUAUCGAAAGUGGAGAAGUGCAAACUCCCGAGGAGAAACCACGUUCACGCUUGAGCAG